GUCGUACUUAUGGACAUCAAGGUUAACAUCGAUGGAGUACUUAGAGAAGUGUGUGGAGUUAAUGAAGGAACAACAUGUGAAGAAGUGAUUUUCAAGCUUGCACAAAUUGCUAGUUUGCCUGGAUUCUAUACUCUGGUUGCCAGCUGCAGAGAUAAAGAAAUUACACUAUCUCCAGAAGAAAAAAUUAUAAAUUUCAUUAAAGAAACUAAAGAAAAUCCAUCUAACAUAUGUUUUAUUCUUCGUCGAUUGGAGGCUGUAUCUCCUUUCUCUCCGAAAAUCCCCAAAGCAUAUCCUCCUAUUCCCAAUCAUCAACCGACAAGUCGUCCUCAUCAACAGCCAUCUCGUAGUUCAUCACGACGUUCUAAUGUUCCAGUGACAUCUGAAAAUAAAGAAUUAUAUUCCUCUACUUCAUCAUCCUUACCGAUUCCAGCUCAACAAUAUGCUAGCUCUGCAAAGCAAUCAAGAAUUUAUCGUUGUGAUCCUAGUCAUGAACUAAUUCAUUCUACAUUAGUAACCAGUGCUGCUGGUGAAGAAAAAUCAUAUCACGAUGUUGAUCAAUAUAAUCAACUUAAAGAUCAAUUGGCAUAUCAAGAACAACAAGUUGAACUCAAUCGGAUACGGUUGCUUCGAUUAGACAAGGAAAUCAAUCAUUUAGAACAGUCAGCCCGAUUUGGUGGUAAUAACAACAAUAGUAAUAGUAAUAAAGAUGGUUAUUCUACAUUGGAUUUAUUAAGUGGAUCGGCUGUUGGUCCUGUGGCAGAAUUGGCCCAACUAGCAGCUACACCAUGGUCACAACUAUUAGAUACAAAUCGUGCCAGACAACGUGAAUUAUUAUCAGAAUGUGAACGGCAUAAAAUUGCUAUCGACCAAGUGGAUACUCAUUUAGCUAAAACAAAAAUGAAUUUAUCUCAACUAGAAAAUCAAAUCAGUCAAGAGCUAAAUCAAUUGCUCAAUGAAUUGGAAGGAUAUAAUCAACAUAGAAGGUUACUACUGAAAUCAGCCGGAAGUAGUAGCUCACAACCUCGUCCUAGAACAACUAUCAAUAACCCAUCAGAGGUGGCAAGCGAUGGUGUUGCUGUAUAAAAUAAAUGAAUUAUACUACCGUCAUAUUAUGUCCAAAUAUUUGAACAUAAACACAAUAAAUAUUAUCUCAUGUAAAUUAUCUAGUUUCAUGAAGGUACAAUCUUUUUUUAUUUUCAUGAUAAUCUUUUUUCCUAAUAUACAAUAUUCUAUGCAUAA